GACAGCCCCGCACACCGCCGCUGCCCAGAAGCGGGCCAGCCCACCAGGGGAUCUUCCCCUUUGAAGCGGCUGGGACCUCCUCCACCCCCGCCACCCUUUCACUGUGCUGCUUAAAGGGAUCACACGGUUUCCCCCCGGACUCCAUGGAAGCCAGACGCCGGACAGUUUUCAGGGACUUGGAGUCUUCCCUUCCCGCCCCCUUCGCCAUGGGCUGCCUUGCUCGGGCUGACUGAGGGGGGCUCCCGGGCAUGGCUCUGACCAGCCGCCCCGGUGCUGACUCGGCUCCUGGGCUUGGUCAGCCUUCGCUGAAGUCCUGCUCCCCGCGUCCCGGGGCACAGUGCUGAGUCUGGGGGCCAGCCCGGAGGUGCCCUCUGCACCCAAGCUGGAGGACCGGGAGGCCGUCGGGGGCUACGAUGAGAUGAGCGGGGGCCGCUUCGACUUUGACGAUGGCGGGGCAUACUGCGGGGGCUGGGAGGGGGGAAAGGCCCACGGUCACGGACUCUGCACCGGCCCCAAGGGCCAGGGCGAAUACUCGGGCUCCUGGAACUUUGGCUUUGAAGUGGCAGGCGUCUACACCUGGCCCAGCGGAAACACCUUCGAGGGCUACUGGAGCCAAGGCAAACGGCAUGGGCUGGGCAUAGAGACCAAGGGGCGCUGGCUCUACAAGGGCGAGUGGACACACGGCUUCAAGGGACGCUACGGGGUCCGCCAGAGCACCAGCAGCGGCGCCAAGUAUGAGGGCACUUGGAACAACGGCCUGCAAGAUGGCUAUGGCACGGAGACCUACGCAGACGGAGGGACGUACCAAGGCCAGUUCACCAAUGGCAUGCGCCAUGGCUACGGCGUGCGCCAGAGCGUGCCCUACGGGAUGGCGGUGGUGGUGCGCUCGCCACUGCGCACGUCGCUGUCGUCCCUGCGCAGCGAGCACAGCAAUGGCACGGUGGCCCCGGACUCGCCCACCUCGCCGGCCUCCGAUGGCCCGACGCUGCCCUCGCCCGCCAUCCCGCGUGGUGGCUUCGCGCUCAGCCUGCUGGCCAACGCCGAUGCAGUGACGCGGGCGCCCAAGGGUGGCGGCCUGUUCCAGCGGGGCGCGCUGCUGGGCAAGCUGCGGCGCACGGAGUCGCGCACGUCUCUGGGCAGCCAGCGCAGCCGCGUCAGCUUCCUCAAGAGCGACCUCAGCUCGGGCGCCAGCGACGCCGCCUCCACCGCCAGCCUGGGCGAGGGUGCCGAGGGCGCCGACGAGGCUGCGCCCUUCGAAGCUGACAUCGACGCCACCACCACCGAGACCUACAUGGGCGAAUGGAAGAAUGACAAGCGCUCGGGCUUCGGCGUGAGCGAGCGCUCCAGCGGCCUCCGCUACGAGGGCGAGUGGCUGGACAACCUGCGCCACGGCUACGGCUGCACCACGCUGCCCGAUGGCCACCGCGAGGAAGGCAAGUACCGCCACAACGUGCUGGUCAAGGGCACCAAGCGCCGCGUGCUGCAGCUGAAGAGCAACAAGGUCCGCCAGAAGGUGGAGCGCAGCGUGGAGGGCGCCCAGCGCGCCGCUGCCAUUGCGCGUCAGAAGGCCGAGAUCGCCGCUUCCAGGACAAGCCAUGCCAAAGCCAAAGCUGAAGCGUCGGAACAGGCUGCCGUGGCUGCCAACCAGGAGUCCAGCAUUGCCCGCAGUUUAGCCAGGGAGCUGGCACCGGACUUCUACCAGCCAGGUCCGGAAUAUCAGAAACGCAGGCUGCUCCAGGAGAUCCUGGAGAACUCGGAGAGCCUGCUGGAGCCCCGUGAGCGAGGCGCGGGCGCCGCGGGCCUCCAGGAGCGACCCCGCGAGAGCCCACAGCUGCACGAGCGCGAGACCCCUCGGCCCUCGGCCGGUCCCCCGUCGCCGGUUGGGACGCCCCCGCAGCCCAAGCGACCCCGGCCGGGGGCGUCAAAGGACGGCUUGCUGAGCCCGGGCGCCUGGAACGGGGAGCCCGGCGGCGAGGGCAGCCGGCCGACCACGCCGGCCGAGGGCGCGGGUCGCCGCAGCCCCGCGCGCCCGGCCACGGAGCACAUGGCCAUCGAGGCGCUGCAAGCGCCGCCCUCGCCGUCGCGGGAGCCCGAGGUGGCGCAUUACCAAGGCUACCACAGCUACGCCGUGCGCACCGCGCCGCCCGAGCCGCCACCCUUCGAGGACGAGCCGGAGCCCGAGCUCUCCGGGCCCGACUCCGCACCCUCGUCCCCGUCAACCGCGCCCUCGUCCCCGGCCGCCUCCCCGGUGCACGCCCCCGCGCUCCGGGGCCCCACGCCCGAGAGUCCCGUCAAGUUGGAGCCCAAGCCCAUCGUCCCCAAAGCUGAGCCCAGGGCCAAGGCCCGCAAGACUGAGGCCCGGGGGCUGACCAAGGCCAAGAAGAAGGCGCGGAAGGAGGCAGCGCUGGCAGCAGAGGCUGAGGUGGAAGUGGAAGAGGUCCCCAACACCGUCCUCAUCUGCAUGGUGAUCCUGCUCAACAUCGGCCUGGCCAUCCUCUUUGUUCACCUCCUGACCUGACCCUCAUGUGCCAGAGCCAGGAGUUCCUGCUGAGGACAUGAGGACCCAUCUUUCUGCAAAGCCAGGCAGGGUGGCCAAGGAGGACCGGACUCUGGACCUGGAGCCCUGGGGUCCAACUCACAUUCACAACACAGAUGUCUAGGGAGGACUCCUGGGGUGCCCACACUGGGGGGCUGGUGGUGCCAGGAGGAAUGGAAUGUGUUGGGAACCUCCAGCUCUUUGCCAUGGGGCAAGGGAAGCCCCAAGACAAGAGCCCUGGUCCUUUGAGCUUCCCGAUCUGCUCCUAUCCCUCAUCCUCACGCACUACCCCACCUUGCCUAGGUCACCCCCUCCUUGGGCUUUUGUGUGUUUUGGGAGAAGUCACCUAACCAGGAUAUGAAUAUUAAAUCUAGUCCCUCUCCCUCCUACCCCACCCCUCUGACUGUGGGCCGAGGCCUCCUGGGGAAGCUGUGGUGGGCGAGGGAGACCCCCUCAGACCUGUGUAGAGCCCCUUCCUUGUGCUAGGCAGACCCAGCACACACUCCCUCCCUUGCUUUCAGUUGUUCUGGACAACAGAGGACAUGGACAAGCUCGGUGUGAAUCUCCCAGGACACUGCACUCUGUCUCCUCCCACUAGUCCAGUUAGUUUCCCUUCUGGACCAAUAGAAGAGGAGGACAAUGGAGUCUCUGGGUGGGAAGCCACUAGCCUGGUGGCUGGGGAUUAAGGGGCAGUAAUGCUGGGCCCUGUGUUUCCAUGUGUCUGAACUUGAGGCUGGGAUUGCGUUUGGAGCUUCCAGUGUGCUUGGGGUGCUAACAGGUCACAUGUAGGAGCCCUGGGACUGGAGACAUAAAGCUGCUGUGAUGCCCUGUGGUGUGCUUUGCCCCCUUCCCCACCAGGGCCCACUGUGAGCUCAGGGAGCAUGGCACGGAAGCCCAGGGAGAUUUCCCUGAGGCAGACUGUGCAGGUGCUGGGGACAGGCUGCUUGGGAAGAGGCAUUUCCCAGGGAGAGGGGAGCAAGUGUGGGCUCCAACUGGGUGCCAUCCGUGUGACCGUGGCCCCUUUGGCUUGUUUGGCGGAAGACAGUACUUGCAUGUACCUCACUCAAAGAUGUUUUGUACCACAUUGGCUCCAGGAAGAGGGGGGAAAGGACUUCCAGGCCCUCCAAGCCUGGGAAGGAUGCGGUGAUGGCACCAAGCCGAGCUGGAGGGAACUGCUGUUGUCCUGUCUUGUGGCUGGGCCUCCCUAGGCAGCUCUGGAACCUGGACGUUUCCUUAGGCUGGACCCAGCUUUCCCUCCCCCAGUCAGUGCUUCACACUUGCUGCUUCAAGCACUGCUGGGGCCUCAGGGUUUGGUUGGGACCUAGGCCUGCAUUUCUGUGAAGAGCCUAUGGAUCCUUCCUCCCAGGGAGGCCCAGGUUUCAGCAUCUGUAUUUGGACUCUUCUCUCAUCCCCUGGGCAAGGGGGACGUGGGGAUGGGGCACUGCUCAGUGCUGAUUGGUUCCAGGCCUCAGCUCUGAGAUGAUUGUCCUGGGUUUUUGGCCUGGUCUGGGGUUGGUGACAAAUCUUUGGCUGCCAGGGCUCCCGGGCCUGGUUUUGGGGCUGGCGUUUGGGGUGAGGGUUCAGGAUGCUCCCAUCUGUGCAAUAAUAAACCUGCAUCUGCUCACAGGCUGUGGCUGGGCUGCAGUGUCUGUGGGCCCAGGAUGAGGGGCUGGCUGAAGGAGGCUGGGGGGAGGCUGGGAACACCAUCCUGACAAUCUGUAUGUAAUCUUCCCUCCCACUGUGGUUCCCUUGGUACCUAUUGGACAAUUGAGGGGCUUUAGUUCUGGAGAGGGGGAUUGAAAGGCCACAGACCUCCCAGUGGAGUUUGAGUUUCGAAAGCAGACUUCCAAAAACUUCUCUGUGCAGCUUGCAGUAGAAGCAACGGCCUGCCCUUUGAGGUGGACUGGGCUCCAAUCCUGGCUCAGCUGCUUUCUUCACUUCUUUGAGUCUCAGUUUCCUCAUCUGUAAAAUGGGGAUACCAACAGUGCCCGCCUCCUGGGGUUGUAGCAAGGAACUCAUUAAAUGUUGACUGUCAUGUAAAGCCCUCUGCAGUUGAAAAUGGAGGCGUGUAUCAUUGCUGUUAUCAUGGACAGUAUGUUAGCUCUGUUACAAGACCUCUUGCAUUUUGAUGGAGGACCCUGGAACCCCCAAAGGGGUGGAAAUGAUUCAGGCACCAAUAAUAUUGUCAUAGAAUGUAUCUGACAGUAUUAUAAUGGGGCUCACACUCCAUAGUGGCUCAGAGAAGGGACUUGCCCAAGGUCACACAGACCGCAAGUCAGUGGUAGGAAAGCAGUUCUCUUGGCUUGUUUGGAAAUGGCUUGUUCUCUCAAAGCCUGUGGCCCUCAGCAAGAGGACUGGAGGGAAGGGGCUCCCACCUACCAAUAGGCUCCUGGCUCUGCCUAUGUCCCCUCACUCACUUUCUGUGCCUUAGUUUCCUCUUCUGCCAAGGAGACUAUGAUUCCUUCCCCCUGGCCAUAGGAUAUGCCAUUGUGAAACUCAAAUGAGAUAGGUUAUGGGUGGUAAAGAUUUUCAAAACUCUGUAAUGCUCCCCUGGUAGGAGUGGGAAGGAGAAGACAAAGACAUUGAUAAGAACUCCAGAGGGGAAGGGGCAAGCUGGCCAGCCUGGUCAUUAGAUCUGCAGACUAGUGUGUGUGUGUGUGUGUGUGUAUCUGAAAGAGAGAGAAGAAGGAGAAGAAAAGGAGAGAAGAGAGAGACAUGGAGGAAGGCAUGGGGAAUGGAAGCAUUGAGAGAGGUAGGCUGCAUUAGACUCAUCUUGGGUGGUGUGAGAAGAGGCAGCUUCCUGAGCACCCAUGGGAGACAAGUAGUGUUGUCAGUGAGACAGUGGCCCCUGGUGGCACAGGCCCAGGGAACACCCUGCCUGAGGCCUCCUCUUCCAGGCUGGACUCCAGGCAGCUCUAGGAAGUCUGACCUGUCCCCUGCCACAUCCUGGAUUUAUUUAUGGAGUUUUGUACCAGGCAUGAACUUACAAGCACUGAAGGGAAUUAUAUUCCUGCCAAACAAAGCAUUGCUUAAAGAGAGAGGUAAUGGAUUUGAAAAGAUACUUGCUGUUAGUUCAUCUCUUGUUCCUGCAAAUAAAACUUCACCAUGAAGACGGCUCAUGUGGACAAAGUUGGAAACCAAUUGUGGGAGUAUUUUUGGAAAGAAAAACUGUACUGAAAGAUGUCCCAGUGACAGCCCUGAAUGUGGUGACGCUCUUCAUGAUACUGAGCAAGAGAAGACACUUUCUACAGUGAAAGACUCUGACAGUAAACAAAAAGACCUUAGUCAAAUGAAGACCAUGACAAAUUAAACUUUUCAUCUAAGGGAUCUGGAAAAACCUUCCUUGACAAAGCAGUUCUUAUUACUUAGAGGAGUAUUUGUGAAAGAGAGAACUGUGUGAAUAGUAAGUGUAGUAAAGGCCUCAGGGAUGAGUCAGCCUUUGUUGUCCAUCACAGAACAUACACAGAAAAAAAAAAUGGUGAAUGUGUUGGAUACAGAAAAAUAUUUAGUCAGCAAUUAAAUCUUAUUGUACAUCAGAGAAUUCCUUCAGGGGAACAACGUGAGUGUAAUGAAUGUGGCAAAUUCUUUGGUAGGAAGUCUUGUUUCAUUUUACAUCAGAGAACUCGUGCAGGAGAAAGAACGUAAGUGUAAUGUGUGUGGGUGUGUGGGAAAUCCUACCCUAACAAGUCAUGCUUUAUUACACAUCAAAGAAUAUGCCCAGGGGAAAAUGUCAUGUCUAUAAUACAUAAUAUGAUGUGUGAAAUAUGUAACGAAUGUUGGAAUCAUUUGCUCAGAAAGACAUCUCCAAAGACAUCAUAAGAGAACUCAUGCAGAUGAGAAACUCGAUGUAAAUCAUGUGUGAGGUAAUUCAGGCAUAAUUGACCCUCAUUAUACAUGUGGGUUGUAUUAUACACGGGGGAUACUUUACGAACGUAAUAGAUGUGUCAGAUACUUUAUUGUGAAAUCAGGUCUUGCUACAGAGUUCAUAAAUGAGAGAAACACCAGAAAUGUAAAGAACUGUGGACUGUCAUUGACAAUUCAACCCCCACUGUACAUCAGAGAACACACACAGGGAAUAAGCUCUGAACAAUGUAUUGUGAGAAAUCAUUUGGUUGGAGGAAACCCUUCAACAUAUUAAUACGUAAGAGAAUACACCCACAGGGAAUCCAUGUGCACAUCAGUGGUGUCUAAAGUCAUGCAGCUGGAAGUCAGCCCUUCCUGUCCAUCAGAACACUUCCAUCGCAGUGGUUCCCAAUGUGUGGUUUCUGGAACACAAGUGGCAGCAGCAGCAUCUGGGAAUGCAUUAGGAAUGCAAAGUCUUGGGCAGACCUAUGAAAUCAGAAACAACAAACUCUCUAGGUGAUUCUGAGAAUUAUUGUUAUACAGGAAAAAAAAUCCUACAAAUGUUAUCAUCUUCAAAUGCUUUAGCCAAGAAGUGAUAAGUGUUCUCGUUCAAAUAUCCAUAUGUAGGGAAAACUUUAUAAGUUUAAUAAAUGUGGAAAGUCAUUUGGUUAGGAAUCAGAUUUCUUUAUAUGACAGCUCAUUUCAGGGAGAAAUCCCACGAGUUCAAGUAUAGCCUGGUAAUUUGUUCUAGUAGAGAUCACAUCUCAGUGUAUUUCAGAGAACUCACAUAGCUGAGAAGUCCUGUGUGACAAAGGCCAGCAAAGACAGGAAGUCUGUUCCACAAAUUCACAGGCUAGAAAUUUAAUAAAGGAGUGAAAACUUUUGAAUAAUUUUAAUAAACAAAAACUGGCCAGAAUUGAGAUAUUACUUUUCAAAAAAUUCUACUUUCAUGAAGUCUUCAAUUUAACAUGUAUAGGAAAAGCAGUUUUCUCAUAAAGGAUAUUUAUUUUCACUAUAGUACUCAACUUUAUCUAGAAAAAUUAACAAAGCAUUCAUGUAUAAAUAAUCAUUCUAUAAGAAAUAUGAAGGUAAAAAAAAUUAUAUUCAGUUUGGCUGGGCUCAGUGGCUCAUGCCUGUAAUCCUAGCACUCUGGGAGCCCCAGGUGGGUAGAUUCUUGAGCUCACGAGUUUGAGACCAGCCUGAGCAAAAGUGAGACCCCAUCUCUACUAAAAUAGAAAAAAUGAGGCAAGAGGAUCAUUUGAGCCCAAGAGUUGGAGGUUGCUGUGAGCUACGAUGUCACAGCACUCUACCCAGGGCAACAGCUUAAAACUCUGUCUCAAAAAAAUAAAUUGUAUUCAACAUACACACAAGCAACAUCAGAGUUAUACUGGGACUAUGUUUGUAAGUAUGCUACAUAACUAAUUUUAUACAUGAUUUGUAUAUAUGGGUUAUGGUUUCCAAAUACUUAUGAGUAGGUAAGUAUGUGCUAGAAUGCUAAAAAAGAUACUACAAGAGUUUUCUCAACAUGUCUUAAUAAAAUAUUAUUGGAUAUAUUUAAAAUACUACAUUAAUCCCUUCUCCAUUAUUUUUGGCACAUAAAUGUUUAUGAUCCAUUUGUUGAAUUUUUAUUUUAAGAAACCACUAUAUUUUCUAAUAUUAAUAGUUCUGGAUCUACGAAAGUUUUUGAAAGCAUCUCACAUAAUACGCAAUAGUAAGAUACAAGUUGUUAACGCAAAGUAACUGUGAGAAAAAUAAAAAGCACAUUAAAUUAAUAGCAAGUGGUUUAAAAUCCUGUGUUUUAUGUUCUGCUAGUUCCUAGUAGGUUCUUAUAAAAUAUACCAUUACAAAGACCAAGGGUUAUGAAAGCCAGAAGCCGUGUGUGUCUUUAUUGUAAUUGAUUAGAUGCUACAGCCUGAGUACCCCUUAUCUGAAAUGCUUAGGACCAGAAGUGCUUUGGAUUUUGCAUUUUUUCCCGGAUUUUGGAUUUACAUUAUAUUGAGCAUUCCUAAUCAGAAAAUCUGAAAUAAUCCAAUGAUCACUUCUUUUUGUCAGCGCUCAAAAAGUUUUGAGUUUUGGAGUAUUUUGGAUUAGGGACACUCCACCUGUAUUAUAUGGUAUACGAGUAGUAUAAAUACCUGACUUUUACAUUUUAAUUUAUAACCACUUGUAUAGCACGAUCGAUUGUCUAACCAGCCGUCGAAUUCUCUACUAUUUCACUUGUUGGCAGAGAUUCUGUAACAUCUCGAUUAGACUAAAUCAGUCUUGCUGAUUACGUUGGCAGCGUUUGGUCUGGGAUGGGUAUGUCGAUCCUAUUCUAGGAUGAUGUCUGGGUGGAAGGGUUGUGUCCCCAGUGCCACCAGAGCAAGCAGAGGAAGAGUGUUCCUGCCUCUGCUGUCACUGCUGUCGCUGAUGGGCCCCGCCAGUUAGUUCCUGGAGCUCCUCUGUGGUGGCUUUUCUCCUCCUCCUUCCUUCCUU